AUGUCUCUACUUCAACAGCCGGCUUCAUCGGUUACCCAAGGCGACCCGCGGGACCUGAUCCACAUCCGGCCCCCCCAACUCUGCCACGUGUGCUACAACCUGGAUCCCUACGCGGCGCCGCAGGACCGUACCGGCGACGGCAAGUUGGCAUGGGCCCGGUCCGAGUACGUGAUCCCGCCGGAGACGCCAGUCGCGAAGAUCACGGUCAGCAAGUCAACAGAGCUUCUCGAGUCUUCACAGCGCGGGUGCCUCACCUGCGCCAUGAUUGCCGCGUCACUCAGCGCUGUCUCUCCCGGUUGGGAAAAGGAGAAAAAUUCAUUCACGGAGCUCUUGUUGGCUCCCAACCUCCCUCUGGUAGUGAGAUUGCAUCCUCGUGGGUCUACGACUAGCAUUACGCAAGGAGCCGAGGUGCUGCGCGAUCUGGGUGUAUUGUGGCCCGAGGGUUCGACUGUAACUUGGACCAUCGAGAUCACAGAAUCCGAGGGCGAAGAGCAGUCGGUGGUGGAGAUAGAGAUUUACAGACGGGCCGUGGCACCUGAACAGUCAACAGUCGGCCAGCUCGUCCUUGGCGAACUCAUCAGACACAUCGGCACCGGUUCCCCCAUCUCCCCACAUUCCCGUUCGGUUGAGUGCUUCAAGUUCAUCAAGUCCCACGUCGAGACGUGCAUGCUACACCACAAGUGCUCUCCGGGGGGACAUCACCCCAUACUGCCCGAUCGGGUCCUGUGGGUGAACGCGUUCAACAGUGGCACGCCCAGCGGCAUCCGACUGCUGGAAACGCAGGGGACGGCGAAGCGGGCCCCUUACCUGACGCUGAGCUACUGCUGGGGCCCCGUCUCGCCGUCGACCUUCCUGACCGACGUGUCCACUCUGGAGACGCGUAAGGCGGGCAUUGCCUUCGAGGACCUGCCGCCGCUGUUUCAGGAUGUCGUCGUCAUCGCCCGUAUCCUGGGCAUCGAAUACGUCUGGAUCGACCGUCUGUGCAUCAUCCAAGGGUCCAUUCCCGAUUUUGCGCAGCAGGCGCCUAAAAUGGGCAGCAUCUACGGCAACGCAACGCUGACUAUUGCCGCUGGCUCGGCGACAUCCGAGAACGACCAUAUCCUUGUCCAGCGCGACCUCAAAUGGCGGCCAUUCGACCUCAGUCUAAGCGAACCCACCCUAGGCAAGCUCAGCUUCCAGGUCCGGCGGCGAUCGCAGCCGAUCGGAAUGGAGAGGCGUGGGGGCGAUUAUGGCAAGGUUUCGACGCGUGCGUGGAUCUGGCAGGAGCGCAUGCUGUCGGCGCGCACCAUCUUCUUCACCGAAUCGGCCCUCAAAUUUGAGUGCCACACCCACUCCAUCUGGGAAGGCUUCGGCGCGGGCGUGACGGGCCCGUCGUGGAGCGCCCGCCUGGACGAGGUCACCCACCGGACGUGGAUGGACCUGGUGGAUGAGUACACGCGGCGCGACAUCACGCAUCCGUCGGACCGGCUGCCGGCCAUGGCGGCGACGAUGCGGCGCAUCGCGAACGCCCGCGGCUGGGUGCCGCUGUGGGGCAUGUGGGCGAACGCGCCCGUGGAAACCCUCGCGUGGCAGGCAGAGUCGUGGAACGGCCCCGGCUUCAAGCACCUGUGCAGGGUGCAGCCGGGGUUCUACGCGCCAUCCUGGAGUUGGGCGAGCCUCGAGGGCCCCGUGUCGCACGUCCACGCCAGGUUUACCGACGACUACGACCCGGUGGUUGAUGACCUCGAAGUGAAAAAGUGGGAUGCUGCGUCGGGGGUCAUCACGGUCAGCGCCCGCGUCGCUGCCAGGGAGCUCAGGUGCGAAGUUAGCCAGACGCGCUGGGACCCCGAGGAGAUCUUUUAUUACGAUUAUAAAAUAGAGGGGCUCACGCGUCUCGAGAGCGGCGCCAUGCCCCUGAACCCCGACGCCGCGUUGCGGCCGUGGACGGGCGACAUCGGCGGCGAGCAUGUCUCGACCGUCAUUCGCGUGCCGCAUGGAGAGCCGUGGCCGAAGAAGUCGUGGACCGGCAACACCAUGUGCUUGGUGCUCCAGAGGCAGACGCUGAGGUGUCUUGUUCUCGUCUUGGGACGGUCGCGGCGCGUGCCGGGCGCUUGGGAGCGGAUCGGCAUAACUAGCGGGGCAGACCCGGCCUUUUUUGACGGUGCUGAGAGGGUUGUUCUGGACAUUGCUUAG